UUACUGUUUCUCCUCUCUCGCUCGCACUCCCACUCUCUUUUCUCUCUCUAGGGUUUUACAUUUCAAAUCUCUCUCUCUCUCUCUUUCUUCAUUUCCGAUCAAUGGCGGCCGCGGCGAAGACGAGGUCGACAGAGACGUUUGUGGACAACAAGCGGAAAGAUGAUAUCCGUAAUGCGAACAUAGAGGCGGCGCAGUCAGUGGCGAACACCGUGCGAACGAGCCUUGGGCCUAAGGGUAUGGACAAGAUGAUCUCCACCUCUUCAGGAGAGGUCAUAAUCACCAACGACGGCGCCACCAUCCUCAACAAAAUGGAAGUCCUACAGCCCGCCGCCAAGUUCCUCGUCGAGCUUUCCAAAUCUCAGGACGUGGUCGCCGGAGAUGGCACCACCACUGUUGUCGUCAUUGCAGGAUCACUUCUCAAGGCUUCACUUGGCCUGUUAACAUCAGGCAUUCACCCAACUAUCGUUUCAGAUUCACUCCACAAGGCUUCGAUUAAAGCCGUUGAGGUUCUAACUGCUAUGGCUGUACCCGUUGAGUUGUCAGAUCGCGACUCACUCGUCAAAUCUGCAUCCACAUCGCUCAACUCCAAGGUAGUCUCCCAGUAUUCCACUCUCUUAGCCCCUUUAGCUGUUGACGCUGUGCUCUCUGUGGUGGACCCAGAAAAACCCGAUUUAGUUGAUUUGAAAGAUAUUAAAAUUGUCAAGAAAUUAGGGGGAACUGUAGACGACACUGAAUCGAUUAAAGGUCUGAUUUUUGAUAAGAAGGUGAGUCACGCUGCUGGAGGUCCAACUAGAGUCGAAAAUGCUAAGAUUGGUGUGAUACAGUUUCAGAUUUCACCCCCGAAAACUGAUAUAGAACAGAGCAUUGUGGUGUCUGACUAUUCACAGAUGGAUAGGAUUCUGAAGGAGGAGAGGAACUAUAUCAAGAGUAUCUUAAGGGAUGCUGUUACCGACUUGUCCUGGCAAUAUUUGGCCAAGGCUAAGAUCUUGGUCAUUAAAGACAUUGAAAGGGAUGAGAUUGAGUUCAUCACCAAGACUUUGAACUGCUUGCCCAUUUCCAAUAUCGAACAUUUCCGUGCUGAGAAGUUAGGGUUCGCAGAUUUGGUGGAGGAAGUGCCGUUGGGAGAUGGUGGUAAGAUAGUGAAGAUUACUGGGAUUAAGGAAAUGGGGAGGACUACAAGUGUGCUUGUCCGUGGUUCAAACCAUUUGGUGCUCGAUGAGGCUGAGAGGAGUUUGCAUGACGCUCUUUGCGUUGUUAGGUGUUUGGUGAACAAGAAGUUUCUGAUAGCUGGCGGUGGAGCACCUGAGAUCGAGCUUUCGAGGCAGUUGGGUGCUUGGGCAAAGGUGCUACAGGGGAUGGAAGGUUACUGUGUGAAAGCAUUUGCUGAAGCGCUCGAGGUCAUUCCUUACACAUUGGCUGAGAAUGCAGGGUUGAACCCAAUUGCGAUUGUCACUGAAUUGAGGAACAGGCACGCACAGGGUGAGAUCAAUGCUGGAAUCAAUGUUAGGAAGGGACAAAUCACUAACAUUUUGGAGGAGAAUGUGGUGCAGCCCCUUUUGGUGAGCACAAGUGCAGUUACCUUGGCUACAGAGUGCGUUCGCAUGAUCAUGAAGAUUGACGACAUUGUUACUGUGAGGUAGACUUUGGCUGUUGAGGAAACUGUUUUGUCGUCGUAUUCUUGUGUGCUUUCUUACUCCUUUCGUUACUUUGGGCUCUUUUGAACUAGACGUGUUCUUUUGUUUUUAAAUCGAUGAUGUGUGUCUUGGUAUGCGGUCUACUUUAUUUCAACGUUUUUGAUUAAUGUAGGGUAGUAACUAGUAAGUCUAUGUGAACAAUUUAAUGGGGCAUUGAAAAAUGUGCAGAUUCAUGCCAUUAAAGCCUCUUCCUGCUUUCUUAUGAACUUGCUUUAUUUAUGCCUUUGUUAUUUAAUUGUGUCAA